ACUUUCCCAAAAAAACAAGGAUAAAAUAACAGAAACAAAUUAUUGGAUUGCCCGAAAGUCAGAACCAAAUAAACCAAUCCCAUCCGACCUCGAAAACACAAAAAAUCCUCAUCACCUUCAGCUCCGAUCCAACCACAAAAAUGGAAGAAACCAACGAUCAAUCCAGGAACACCAAAAUCCGCCGCAAAUCCCACCAUCUCCCCGAAGAAAUCAUCGCCGAAAUCCUCGCGAGGCUCCCCGUCCGAUCCCUCCUCCGAUUCCGCUGCGUCUCCCAAUCAUGGCGCCGCCUCAUCUCCAGCCGCCACUUCUGCGACGCCCAUCUCCAGAUCUCGUCGAAAGAUCCCAACUUUUCCCGCCGGAGAGCGAUCGCCACCGUGUUGCUGCCGUUCUACACCUUGAAGCAGUGCUCCCUGCAUUCCCUCCUGCUGGGGCCGGCCGCGGACGCCGCCGAUUUGGAUUAUCCGAUGAAGAAUCCUCGGAACUCAAUCCGCGUCGUCGGCUGCUGUAAUGGGCUCGUCUGCAUCGCCGUUAACGGCAAGCAUUUCUUCCUCUGGAAUCCCUCCACAAAGAGGCACAAGAAAUUAGCCGAUGCGGAUGAUAGGAUGAAGAGCGGUUUGUUCAUCACCAAAUAUGGAUUCGGAUUCGAUGAGACUAACGAUGAUUACAAGGUCUUGGGGAUCUUGUCCGGAUUCUGCAAUAGCGGCAGGUACGAGAGUGUGGUGAAAAUCUACAGCUUGAGGCGUGAUUCUUGGAAGGUGAUCGAUGCGUUCAAGGAUGGAUUGCCGUUUGAUGAUAACGGCAAGUUUGUGAGUGGGAAGCUUCAUUGGGGGAGGAGGUUUGGGAUGGAGUCGAAGUGGGAUAUUGUGUGCUUGGAUUUAGGGAGUGAGUCGUGCGUGAGUGUGAAUCAGCCGAGCUACUUGGAUGGCGGCUUCAUCCCGUCGUUAGGGGUGAUUUGGGGAAGCCUUUGUGUGAUGUGUGAUUUCCCUAAGGUUAGUGUGGAUGUGUGGGUUUUGAAGGAUUCUUGGAUGAAAUUGGUGGUGCUUCCAUAUUUUGAUGAUCCAUGGAAAGGCCCUUACUCCACGCCAUUGUGCAUUGGAGGAAAGGGUGAAAUCUUGUUGGUUUAUGGCUCCGCUUUUAUCGUCUAUAAUCCCAAACAGGCUUCAUUUAGGCGUCCCAAGAUAACAAAUAUAGGCACUUUUCUUGAGGCCGAUGUCUAUGUUGAAAGUUUAGUCCCACUUGAUGGUUACUGAAAAAUGUAAAAUAAUGUCAUUAUUAUGAAAUUUAAUAAAAUAGUCCAAAAGUAAAAAAUUAUUUGAUAA